ACUCGGGCAUUCCAUGAUAACCUGUUACGCAUCACUUUUACUUCCUCUUGUUAAGUUUACCUUGCUUUGUGUAGUCUGUGUGCCUGUCACAACAUGAAAAUGUUCCUGUAAACAGUGUUUUAUUCAUUUUAAAACUGGGUAAUUUCGAAGCCCAGAGUAAAAUAAGUUACAUAGGCAAACAAGAGGUAUAUCGAAGAGGAAGGUGUACGAGAGGCCGGAAACUGCAUGUCUAUUUGUCCUUCAUCUUCAGUGAUUUAUUAAAUUAAAGUCUUAAUAAGUCCCGUGUCGGAUCAGCUUUGGUGGAUACAAAGUCACAAGAGGCCAACAAAGCAUGGGCCACAUCAUCUCUUCGCCCACUCAAAGAUGUAUCAAAGAGUGCAGUAGAAAUCUUGGCACGUAUAUCAAUGGUUACAAGUGGUAUCAAGGCUUUCAGAGUAACUUCUGCUUCUGCUGCAGAGUUUUCUGAUAAAGCUGAGGAGAGAUAUGAUCCAAUGUAUGAUCCAAGUGUUCAAGAAUUAAACAUUGAAGAAAUAAUGAUGAAAAAUACCAUGGAUGGACAUGCUGAUCCAAUAAUGAAUGAAGCAACCCAUGACGUGGACAAAAAAAUUGCAAGUAGGCUUAGUAGUGCUCAGGAAGUAACAAGCAAUAUAGUAGAAACUGUCAGAGGUACACGAGAUGAAAUUAAUAAAAGAAUAGAACAGUUUGAACCUCUUCUUGAUGCAAAAAAGUUUGAAAGAGAGAUCACAGAAGAGCAUCUUAAGGUUCUAGAUGAUAAGUUAUCUGAAAUUCAGGGUAUUGCUUAUGGCCAAGAUUUUAAAAUUUUAAAGGAAGUAGAGCAUUCUAAACCUUUAGAAGAAGUUUUACAAGAUGUAGAUAAAGAACAAAUAAGUGACAGAAAAGGCAAGACAGGAUCUGCAUAUUCUGCACAAUGUAGAGAUAAACAAGAAGUGCAAAGCACAAAUCCCUCCAAAAAUACUAAGGAAAAUGGCUCAUUACCUGAUUCCAGUUUGCAUGAAAUAGGUGUAGAAGAAGUCGUAAUGCAAGAGGCUUUAAGCGGUCAUAGUGACAAGUUUCUUAGUGAACUGUCACAAAGUAGUGAUGAGCUAUUGACAGGUGCACUCAGUAAUAUUCAGGAGGUUGUACACAACAUCAGUGAAAUUAAAGAAGGAAGCAUUGGAAUAUUAGAACAAUUUGAACCUCUUCUUGAUGUAAGAAAUAUUCAGGAAAGAGAGAUUACAGUUGAACAACUUCAGGUUCUAGAAGAUGAAUUACAGGGACUUCAAGGUAUUACUUGUGAAAAUGAUUUCAAGAUAUUCAGGAAAGAUGAAUAUUCCCAACCUGUGGAAGUUAAACAUGAUAUUGUUAAUGAGCUAGUUUCAUCAGAAAAGACCAAAAUUGAUAACUGUGCACAAGAGUUGGUGGAAAAAGUUGUUACUCCUGCAAGCUCACCACUUGCUGCUGUUGAGAAUUCUAGUGCUGUAGCUGCAACUACAGCUCCCACUUCAACAACUAUUGGUGCUGCUACCACAGUACAUGCAUUAGGCAAUAAGGCUCAAGCAAGCAGUAAAGAAAAACCAAAAAGUCAUUAUGGGUCUGCAAUGUGUCAACCAUCACAAGAAGCCACUUUUUCAACUGCUACUGUUAUUUCUACAAUUGAUUCAUCCCCUCCUGGGCCAGUGACUAGAGAUACUGAUGAGCACAAUGCAAGUUCUAAUAACUCUCAUAAUCUAAAAGACCAAACUAAUGCAGCUCAUACAAAGCCCAAACCCAGGCUUUUAGGAAAGAAACCAUUGGCAAAGGAAAAGCCAAAAUCAACAUUGGCAGACACUGCACAGGCACGAAAGGUGCCUCACUCUCGGAUGGGCCGCUUGAUGUCAUUUGGUGGUUUAGCUGCAGGAUUAGGAGUGGGCACUAUUGCUGAAAUGACUCGUCGAUCCUUGGGUGUGAAAGAAGGCAAUGGUAGUGGAUCCUUGUUAGAUGGAUCUCCUUUCUUGACAGAGGCAAAUGCAAAAAGAAUUGUUAACACAUUGUGUAAAGUAAGAGGAGCUGCUUUGAAGCUGGGUCAGAUGUUGAGCAUUCAAGACAGUGCACUAAUAAACCCUCAGAUACAGAAGAUCUUUGAUCGUGUGCGACAGUCGGCAGAUUUCAUGCCAACAUGGCAGCUGGAGGGAGCUAUAGCACAGCAGUUGGGGCAAGACUGGAAGUCUAAAAUAGCUUCUUUUGAAGAGAAGCCUUUUGCUGCUGCAUCCAUUGGUCAAGUACAUUUGGCAACUCUUCAUGAUGGUCGUUCAGUAGCCAUGAAGAUUCAGUAUCCAGGGGUAGCACAAGGAAUUGAGAGUGAUAUAAACAAUCUUAUAUCCACUCUUAGUGUUGCAAAUAUUCUUCCUGAAGGUCUUUUUGUGGACUCUAUUGUUGAGGUGGCCAAGCGAGAGUUAAGAUGGGAAUGCGAUUAUAUACGGGAAGCAGAGUGCACUCGAAGGUUUAGUGAAUUGGUGAAGACUUAUCCUGAGUAUUAUGUUCCUGAAGUGAUUUCGGAGCUUUGCACAUCACAGGUCUUCACUACAGAGUUGAUUGAUGGUAUUCCAGUGGACCACUGUAUCGAUAUGGAUCAAGAAACAAGAAAUUUUAUAUGUGAGAAGAUACUUGGCUUGUGUCUUUUAGAGCUAUUUCGCUUUGGCUUCAUGCAAACUGAUCCAAACUGGUCCAACUUUUUCUAUAAUGCAGAAACAGAGCAGGUAGCACUUCUGGACUUUGGUGCAUGUCGGGAUUAUAGUAAAGAUUUUGUUGACAAGUAUAUUCACUUAAUUCAUGGUGCAGCUAUAAAGGAUCAUGAAAAAGUUCUUCAUUACUCACAGGAGCUUGGCUUCCUAACAGGAUGUGAGGCAAAGGUAAUGGAAGAAGCGCAUGUGGAUGCUAUCAUGAUACUGGGUGAAGCAUUCCAAGAAGAUAAGCCUUUUCAUUUUGGAAACCAAGACACCACAUACAGAAUUCAGCAUCUGGUUCCUGUUAUGCUUUCCCAUCGCAUGUGCGCUCCACCUGAAGAAUCAUACUCCCUUCAUCGUAAAAUGUCAGGGGUUUUCCUUCUCUGUGCAAAAUUAAAUGGAAUUGUUAAAUGUUAUUCAAUGUUCCAAGAAGUUUUCAGCAGUUACAAGUUUGGAGGGACAUGGGAAGACUUUCAUGCUGGCAAGUUAUGAUCAUAAUUAUGUAAGAUAUUAACCAGUAGCAUUACUGUUAAAAGGAAAUUUUUUGAGAGGAAAAAUAAGAAGCAUUUAAACAAACUGCAGGAAAUUAUGAAGUAGAGAUAUAAUAAUGUUGCAAAUUUAGUUUAGUAAAGUUGCUCAAGAAUGCUGCUCAGUUAACGGAGUAGAUAAUAUAAAUAGUUAUUAGGAUGCAUAUGAAAUAAGCAAUACAGAUCAUGUAAUUUCUCAGCUACUGCUGAUCUUGGUGGACUCAUUUUUAAGAAUUUUCACUAUUAUAGCUCUGCAGUAUAAAUUAUACUCGUGCAGUAGAAUUAACCCUUUCAGGAUCCGUCACGUAGAUCUACGGCUUUACGUUCAGGGUCCAAACCGUAGAUCUACGUCAUGAGCUCGGCUCACUCUGAUAAACUGUGAGUGGUACAUUUGGGCCCAGAUAUGAGAGAAUACAUCUAUGUGGUAUGUGUGCACUACAUAAAACAGAUCCUGCAGCACACUGUGUAUAAUGAGAGAAAAAAAACUGAAAUCAUGAUUUUUCGAUUAAAACAGCGACUUUGCAGUGUUUUUCGUAUGUUUUUUAUGGUUGUAUUUGCGAUUUCUUGGUCUCAUUUGAUAGAAUGGAAGACAUAUUACAGAAAUAGAGAUGAUUUUGAUUGGUUUUAGCACUGGAAAUGGCUUGAAACUGAGCUCAAAGCAGCAGAAAUGUUAAAUUUUUGCCAAUAUUCAAGAGUAAACAAACGACCUCACACGUCAAAUACACGCCAGCUGGUGGGUCUAAUAUGCAUUCACAAAUAUAGUGAUGAUAUUUAUACAAUUAUUACAGUAUUGCAUAACAGUAAAUCUUCUAUUUUUUGGUGUGAAUAAAAAUUCAUUGUGUGAAUAAAAAAUCAAAAUGGAAUUUAUUUGUAAAGCCUCAAAACAUAACUAAUGAACAGAGAAAAUGUUAGUUUAGUUCCAGGAAUACCUACAUUGUUUAUUCUGGACCCUAUUUUGAAAUUGGAAUAUUUUGAACUUUGUGUUAAAUUGGCCAAAUUAACAAUUUCCGAUCACUUUAAUUUGUAGUUGAAACAGUUGACUUGGCGAUUUCUUGUGCUCAGUCGAUAGAAUAGAAGUAAUACUAGUGAAAUAGCUAAGAAUUUGGUUGACUGGAAUAAUGUAAUUGGCCUAAAAUGGGAGUCGAAGUCGGCAAAAUCGCCGAUUCAUAAAUAUCACUGACACAUGAAAAUUCGUGAGAGCAUAAUUCCGUCAAUUUUCCAUCAAAUUUCGUACUUUUUGUUUUAUUACCUUCACAAAAAGAUUCUCUACCAUUUCAUAAGAAAAAUAACAAAUUCUUUUUUUGAAAAUUCUUGGACACUGGGGCACCACUUCAGAUUUGGGCCUUGGACCCUGAAGGGGUUAAUGAUCUUAUGAAAUCAGCAGAACCCUCAUAGGAAUAAUUUCAGAAGUGAUGAACCUGAGGCAUUUGUCAAAGACUAGUAGAUUGGUGAAUCUGUGUGAAGCUACCAUCACCAUUUAAAGGAAAACUUUAUUAGCUUUGCUGUAUACAUAUAUCCAGAUGUCCCAUUACAACAAAAAUCCUGGCAAUUUGUAAAAUGUUUUCUAGCAGACUUGCUGAACAUGUUGGACUUGACUGUAUAGAGCAAUGUAUAGAAAUCCAAGCAAGCUAAUAGAAGUAUAGAAUAAAUCCUUAUAGUAAUUUGUAAACACAAGAAGAUAGUAGUAAUAUAUUUUUUUUUUUUACAUGAUAAAUUCAAUAUACAUAAAAAUGAUGAGGAAUUCUUACUAGGAGCAAUAGUAAUAUAAUAAAAUGCUUGCACAGAACAAUGUACAUAGUUACAAUGUUCAGCUCUGUGUUGUGGUGCUAAUGAGACAUGUUUGCUGCAGAUAAUUAAUAUUUCAUUGAAUCUGAGAUGAGAACACAUCACUGAAUUUUUUUAGUCUAUAAUGUGUAUCAGGUACAGAGAUGCAAUACUAUGUAUUGUGUUUAUAAGGCUAAAUUGCUUGAAAAUUUUAAAAUACAAAUGUACGUAAUU